AUGUCAGUCAGUCAAUUUUUACGUUUAAAUCGGCGUUAUGGAACUAAUAAUAAUAACAGUGUUUUUGGUUUUCCUGGCAAAAAUAAGAACAAACUUCAGACUAUCAAAGAUAUUCUGAACAGUGAUGAAUUAACAGAAGAUGAAAUUGACUACAAAUCUGAUGACGAUGAAGAGAUCAGUAAAGAAAAUAAUGCAGGGCCAAUAUUUUUAAAUAAUCCUUUUAAUUCAUCUGAAAUAAGUGAAGAUUUUGUACAAAAUUUGAUAAAACUUAUAAAAUUGAAAAUAAAUAUGCGCGUGUUCUUAUUCUCUGAUCAAAAUGGAACUAGUAUUAAUAACAGUUGUUUUGGUUUUCCUGGCAAGAAUAAGAACAAACUUCAGAUUAUCGAAGAUAUAUUGAAUUGUGACGAGUUAACAGAAGAUGAAAUUGACUUUAAAUUUGGUGACGAAGACGAGAUCAUAAGAAAUGGUAGAAAAAGUUAA